AUGUCAGUCCUUGAAUGUUUGUUUACUUGUGUUGUUUCUACCUAUGAGCUCUUCCCAAAGAUACUUCCUCUGCCUCUGAGUUUGUCUCCCUGCGGUAUGGCGGCGGCGGCGGCGGCAGAAGAGCCGGAGGACAGCGGCCGGAGCAGCCAGGGCGCGCUAACAGGUGACGGCGAACCUGAGGAGGCCGAGGAGUUCACCUGCCCGGCCUACUGCUCCGAGCUCUCCCGGCGGCAGAACGAGCAGCGGAAGGCGGGGCAGUUCUGCGACGUGAGCCUGGUCUUCAGCUCCGGCGGUCCGUCCUCCCGGGUCCACACCUUCGCGGCGCACCGCUCGGUUCUGUCGGCCGCCUCGCAGUACUUCACGCUGCUGCUGGGCGGACAGUUCUCGGAGUCCCGGUCCGGCAGAGUGGAGCUGAAGGAGUGGAGCUCAGCGAGCGGACCGGAGCCGGACACCGUGGAGCGGGUGGUCCAGUUCAUGUACACGGGAGAAGUCCGGGUGACCACCGCCAACGUACACGAAGUGUUGGAACUGGCAGACAGGUUCCUUCUGGGGCAGCUGAAGACCUUCUGUGGCGAGUUCCUGAUGAAGAAGCUGACUCUGUCCAACUGUGUCGCCGUGCACAGCCUGGCACACAUGUACACACUGGACCAGCUGGCUCAGGGAGCCGCCGACACCAUCAGGAGAAACUUUCACAAAGUUAUCUGCAACGAGGAAUUUUACACGCUGCCGUUCCACCUGGUGCGAGACUGGCUGUCUGACUCAGAAAUCACAGUGGACUCUGAACAGGAGCUGUUUGAGUCCAUCGUGAAAUGGGUUCAACAAAACGCAGAGGAGCGAGAGAAGCACUUCGAGGAACUGUUCAGGCUUUUGAGGCUGCCGCAGAUUGCUCCUACUUACCUGACGCGGGUGGUGAGGAAGGAGCACUUAGUGGCGAACAAUGCGGCUUGUCUGCAGCUGGUGAGCGAUGCUCUUGAGGUCCAUGCUGUUCGCUUCGAGAACCUCAAGUCAGCCGAUUCAGAGCUGUGUGCCUCCUACAUGGCAGCGAUCCAGCCCCGUUUUGGGCAGAACAUGGAUGUCGUCAUGGUGGUAGGUGGUGUUUCAGAAGGUGGAGAUUAUCUGAGUGAGUGUGUGGGCUACUUUGUGGCUGAGGACCGCUGGGUCAACCUGCCACACAUUCACAACCACCUUGACGGACAUGCCAUCGCUGUCACUGAGGGCCAUGUCUACGUGGCAGGCUCCAUGGAGCCCGGCUUUGCCAAGACAGUGGAGCGCUACAGCCCAAACUUCAACAGCUGGGAGCAGGUCAGCAGCCUGAACAGCCGGAAGCACUCCUUCGGCCUCACGUGUGUCAAAGACGUACUCUACAGCAUCGGUGGUCAUGGCAACUUCAGUCCAGGCUUCAAGGACGUCACCGUCUACGAACCGGAGCAGGACGAGUGGCUCAGUCUUGAACCUGCACCAAAGAUCCUACGAGAUGUCAAAACAGUGAGUGUGGAGGAUCGAUAUGUGUACGUGAUGGCCAGGACUCCCGUGGACAUCGACAACGAGGACGGACUGAGCACUGUGACCACUCGCUACGACACAGAGGGUCGCAAGUGGCAGGAAGUGGACUCAUUACCGCUCAUUGACAACUACUGCAGUUUUCAAAUGGCUGUUGCGUCCACCAACUUCUACCACACAGCCUCCUGCUGCUCCAAGAACUACAAGGUGACAGUUGAGGACGCCCAGCAGAAAAUAAGCAGAAACAUUUCGGACGACAUCCUCGACAGCCUCCCGUCAGAGGUCCUUUCCAUAGAGGGUGCUGCUGUUUGCUACCUAGGAGACGACAUCUUCAUCGUCGGCGGGUGGAGGAACAGCAACACCCUGGACAAGCAGUACCGCAAGGAGGCCUACCGCUACUGCGCGGAGAGGAAGCGCUGGAUGCUGCUGCCGCCUUUACCUCAGCCGCGCUGCCGAGCUGCAGCCUGCCACGUUCGCAUCCCGUACCAGUAUCUUUACGGCAGCCAGCGCUACCCGAUGCCCCAGAACCUGGCUCGCCAGAGAGACCGCAUGCAGCAGAUGCAGCAGCUCCAUCGACGCACCCUCACUCUGCGGAGACAGCUGCAGUCUCAGAUCGAAUGCUGAGAAUCUGCUUCGAAUAACGAGCGCAUCAUCUGCUGAUUAGUGUUUUAUUGUUAUCCCGAAACUUUUGUCUUAUUUUUUGCCUUAAUUGAAGCGAAAUUUUUGCAGUGAAGGAAGAUUACACUGUUCAAUUUGUUGAUGUAAAAAGAGAACCAAUAGCUGAGGAGGCUGUUAAAACAUCUGACGUAAUCAUUUUGGCCUUACAUUAUUAGCUUAUGCCUUACUUUUAUCCUGCUAGUAAAUCCGACUGUGACUGCUGUGAUAUUUUCUGUGAAGAUUGUUGAUUUCACCACUAAGCAACAUAGCUUUUUAAAUCGUGGCCUUUGUGAACACCUAAGAGUUAAUGAUGUCAACAUGAAUUGUUAGAAUACAACCAUGACAGUUACCACCAAGACUUUCCUGUCAAAUCUGGUGAGCUUAGUGUUGAGAUAUAAACCUAGCAAAGUAAAUGAUGUCUCCAUUUGUUGUGAUGUAUCUUAGAAGAAAACAAACCAGUGUAGUGGUAAUUAAAAAAAACAAAAUACUGUAACAACCAGCUGAGAAAAGAAGUGUCAGCUUUCGCUCCUGUCGCUACUUGCAUCCAAUUGUUUUCUACCUCCGAUUUCUGCCAUGUAUUUUUUAAUUUUUUUUAAUUUUUUUGGUUGGUGUCUUUUUGCACUCAAGUCAUUGGAAUAUCAAAGUGUUGAUCAUGUUGUAUAUGGUGUGUGUUCAAAUAGACAAUCACGUAUCUGAAUUUUUGUAGCAAGCACUAAGUGUAGAGAAAAGCACAUAUGGGGGAACAGCGGUUUCUGUGAUUUUUCUAUCAAGUUUUUAGAGAUUGUACAAUACUUGUUGCCAUUCCACUGGGUGUGAUUUUGUUCUUAAAUAUUCCAGCUUGUCAAAAACUGUUGUAUUUGACUUCCCAGGUUGCUGCAUAGCUUGAAAGAUGGACUAAAUGCUGCCAUAACAACAAUGAGAUGUCAUUUUUUUUUGCCAAACAAGCUGUGUUUCUUUAUUUAAAUUUAAAAGUUGUUUUUAUGCUGUAAGGUUGGCUAAUGGAGCCACUUCUUAAAGAUGGAAGCUUUGUGGACUUAUUCACCUUGUUGGUUUUUAGUGGAUUCAUUUGGUGUUUUCCUCCUUUGCACUUUGCAGAAUUUAUUCUGCGUCUUUGUCUCAGUGAAUGAAAGCUCCUGUUCACAUACUGACAUUGCACUGUGGAAAGACUCUAUGAUGUGUGAAACACAUGAAACUAUGGGGGUGAUGUCUUUGUGCAUGGUUCUCUCCAUGUUCCCAACUGUGCCAUAAAAUCCCAGCUCUCUCUUAUUACUACACUUGAAUUAAAUGUAUUUCCUGCACUAAAGGACCUUA